AUGGGCCAGAUGGAAGGCCUCGAAGAGGCGAUCCAGAUAGCUCGUCAAGUGGUGAGGGGCACUCCUAGUGCCCCUGCUAGCCUUGGAGAUUUCUUGAAUAACCUCGGAAAUGCACUCAGUCAUCGAUAUGAACGAACCGGGGAAAUUGAAGACCUCGAAGAGGCGAUUCAGAUAGCUCGCCAGGUGGUUGAGAACACUUCUGAUGACCAUCCCGGCCUUACGGGGUGGUUAAGUAAUCUCGGAAACUCUCUCAGAAAUCGAUAUCAACGAAACGGGCAAAUGGAAAGCCUCGAAGAGGGGAUCCGCUUCUCUCGCCAGGCAAUUAAGCGUACUCCUAGUGACCAUCCUAGCCUUGCAGCUUUGCUGAGCAACCUCGGAGUCAUGUUCGAAACUCGAUACCAACGAACAGGGCGGAUAGAAGACCUCGAAGAGGCGAUCCAGAUAGCUCGCCAAGCUGUUGAGGGCACCCCAAGUGACUAUCAUAGCAUUGCAGCUUUUUCAAGUAACCUCGGAACCUUGCUCGAUCAUCGAUAUCAACGAACCGGGCAGAUGGAAAGCCUCGAAGAGGGGAUCCGCUUCUCUCGCCAGGCAAUUAAGCGUACUCCUAGUGACCAUCCUAGCCUUGCAGCUUUGCUGAACAACCUCGGAGUCAUGCUCAGGAAUCGAUACCGACGAACAGGGCGGAUAGAAGACCUCGAAGAGGCGAUCCAGAUAGCUCGCCAGGCUGUUGAGGGCACCCCAAGUGACCAUCCUAGCCUUGGAGUUUUCUUAAAUAACCUCGGAAACUUGCUCGGUAGUCGACACAACCAUACCGGGCAGAUAGAAAAUCUCGAAGAGGGGAUCCAGCUCUCUCGCCAGGCGGUUGAGGGCACUCCAGACCUUGCAGCUUUCUUAAAUAGCCUCGGAAGUAAGCUCGGUCGUCGAUACAAACGAACAGGGCAAAUGGAAGACCUCAACGAGGCGAUCCAGAUAGCUCGCCAGGUGGUUAAGGAAACUCCUGAUGAUCAUCUCUCAAGGCCGAGUUGGUUAUAUAACCUCGGAAACUCGCUCGGUCUUCGAUAUGUACGAACAGGGCGAAUGGAAGACCUCGAAGAGGCGAUACAGGUGUUUCGCCAGGCAGUCCAGUCCACUCCUGAUGACCAUCCCGACCUUGCGAGGUGGUUGAUUAACCUCGGAAACAAACUCGGUAGUAAAUACGAACAGACGGGGCAGAUGAACGACCUCGAAGAGGCGAUUCAGGUAGCUCGCCAAGCGGUUGAGGGCAUUCCCAGUGACCACCCCGACCUUACGGCGGGCUUGAUCAACCUCGGAGUCAUGCUCGGAGUCAGAUAUGAACGAACGGGGCAGAUGCAAGACAUCGAAGAGGCGAUACGAGUCUGUCGACAGGCUGUUCAGAUCAAGUCUGCACCUCCUUUCAACCGGAUCAACGCUAUUGUAAUGGCACUUCGCCCCCUACUUAAGCGAGAAGAUUACCAUGGCUGUUACGCACUGUCUGUUGAAGCUAUCAAUCUCCUGCAGCUCAUGCACAAAAGGUCCUUAACCGUGCAGGAUCGACAAUAUGUCGUCUCGUGUUUUUCUGGAUUAGCUACACAAGCAUGCUCCCUGGCCAUUCAGACUCAACAGCCCCUUUUCGAAGCUCUACGAUUGUUAGAGAGUGGACGUGGUGUUAUUCUAAGUCUUCUUAUGGAUGACCGGAGUGACACGUCCAAACUAAAAGAGGCCCAUCCCGUUUUAUGUGCACGAUACGAAAGCCUUCGCCUAGAGGUGAAUACUCCUUUAGAGAGCACCAAAUCCCAGCAAACGGGUGAAUACAUUUCCACAAGACGGCCACAGGCUAUCGAGGAGCUCGAGAGAUGCAUACAGGACAUACGAGAGCUUCCAGACCUCGGCUCCUUUCAAAAGGGUCUUUCUGCAGAGCAAAUACAGUCUGCUUCUAGGAAGGGCAGCAUCGUCGUAGUGAAUGUUACCAACCUACGAAGUGAUGCUAUCAUUAUCUCUGUAUCCGGAUUUAGCCUGGUCCCUCUUCCUCGAUUUGAGGUGGUCCAAGCGCAGCGUUGGGUCGACCAGAAGUUGACUUCGGCUGGGAAUAACAAAUCAUACCGCCAAUUUUUAACCUGGCUCUGGCGGGAGUGCGUAAAGCCUGUCCUUACUGAGCUCGGUUAUUCUGCUCAACCGUCUCCGGAGAAUCUUCCAAGGGUCUGGUGGAUCGGGACUGGGCUUGCCAGCUCCUUUCCAUUUCACGCGGCGUGUGAUGUCUCUGCAGGGGAAAAUACAUUUUGUCGCGUUUUAUCUUCUUACACCACUUCGAUCAAAGCACUCAUACAUGCCAGAGAGCGGGUUUCUAUCUCUACCAAAUCAAACGAAACCACUCCAAAGCUACUCAUGGUUACCAUGGCAAAGACACCCGGCGCGAAUGACUUACCCGGGGUUAAGGCCGAAAAAUCCACUGUCCUAGGAGCACUUGGAAAUUCCGUUCAUGUGGAAGUUCUCGACCAACCGGACUCCUCGAGCGUUAUUAGCCAGAUUAGCAAAUGCAAUAUUGCCCAUUUCGCUUGCCACGGAACCUCAAACUCGCGUGAUCCUUCUCAAAGUGGCCUUUUACUGCAGACUGCCACUGCAGAUCCAGAACAGGAAAUCCUGACUGUUCUGAAGCUCUGCGAAAACCACCCUACUCUUGGAGAAAUUGCAUACCUCUCUGCAUGCUCGACUGCAGAGAAUCGGGCUGAAGGUCUGAUAGAUGAGGGCCUGCAUGUUGUCAGUGGUUUCCAGGUCGCCGGGUUUAGACACGUCAUUGGGACUUUGUGGCCGUCUGAUGAUAGCGUGUGCGUGGAGGUUGCGAGAUUGUUUUAUGCUAAGCUCUCUCAAAACGGAGCUUUAAAGUACACUGAUAGAGCUGUCGCGAUGGCGCUUCAUAAGGCGGUUUCUGACGUUUCGAUGAGGGUUGAAUAUCGAAAACGGCCGUUACAUUGGGCACAGUUUGUUCAUUACGGAGCUUGA